UUCAUAUCGAUUCCCACUGUUUAUUUGCUUGUCUGUACUCCAUCGACUCUCUCUAUUUGUUUAGUUGUGGAUCCGAUCGUCGCCAACUCUUCCUCUACAGCUCGAUCACCAUCCUCUUCUUCAUUCAUCACCUAAAGCUACUAGCUCCAAUGGCAGAAACCGAGCCUGUUCAGCUGGUCAUGUGCUACACUCUGUGCGCCAUCCUUGUGGCCACCAUACUCGUAAAGCUCAAGCUCAGAAUACCAUGGUCAACCUCUGCCCUCCACGGCCUGAACCUGCCUCCAGGCCCAUGGUCGAUGCCUGUGCUGGGCCACAUGCACUUCCUUAUGGGCUCCCUGCCCCACCAGGCCCUGCGGAGCCUUGCCCGGCGGCACGGCCCGGUCAUGCUCCUCCGCCUGGGCCACGUCCCGACGCUGGUGCUCUCCUCGGCCGAGGCGGCGAGGGCGGUCAUGAAGACGCCCCACGACGCCGCCUUCGCCGACCGGUCCGUAAGCGCCACAUCGAGCAUCUUCACCUACGGCGGCGAGAACAUCUCCUUCGCGCGCCACGACAGCCGGCACUGGAAGGCGCUCCGGAAGCUCUGCACCGUGGAGCUGCUCAGCCCCAGGCGCGUCCGCUCCUUCCGCCCCGUUCGGGACCAGGAAGCGGCGCGGCUCGUGCGCUCCGUCGCCGGCGCCGGCGGGUCAGCGGUCAACGUGAGCGAGAGGAUGAAGGUGAUGAUGAAUGACAUUAUUAUGAGGGUCUCCGUGGGGGACAGGUGCCGGCAGCGGGAUGCGUACCUGGAGGAGCUCGACAGGAUGCUGGACCUCAUGUCCGGGUUUAACCUCACGGACCUGUUCCCGACGUCGAGGCUCGCGAGGGUGCUUGGCGGCGGGUCCCUUAAGGCGGCGUGGGCGGCGCACCAAAGGAUGCACUCCAUCAGGGAUGCCACGAUCCGUGACCACAAGAGCGCCAUGGACAGCGAGCUAGAAGAACUAGAGGCCGCUCCAGCUCCAUCCGCCGGCCAUGAUGCAGAUGAGCGGGAGGACAUCCUCACCACUCUGUUGCGGCUCCAACGUGACGGCGGGAUUGGUGGCAUCGCCAUCACCAACGAAAAUAUCUGCGGCGUCCUCUUCGAUGCGUUCGCAGCGGGGUCGGAGACGACGUCGUCAACGGCGAUCUGGGCCAUGUCGGAGAUGAUGAGGAGCCCACGCACAAUGACCGCCGCACAGUCUGAAGUCCGGCGAGCCCUCCAUGGCAAGACCGCAGUAACGGAGGCCGACAUCGACUCUGGCCGCCUCCCCUACCUCGAAAUGGUCAUCAAGGAGACCUUCAGGCUGCAUCCUCCAUUGCCGUUGCUCCUUCCCAAGCUGUGCACCGAGCCAAGCAAGGUCAUGGGCUACGAUGUGCCCGCCGGCACCACUGUGUACACCAACGUGUGGGCCAUCGGUAGGGACGAGGAGAGCUGGACGGCGGACGCGAGCGAGUUCAAACCAGAGAGGUUCGAGAGCGAGGCAGUGGACUAUGGUGGCACGGACUUUAGGUUUCUCCCUGGAGGCGCCGGCCGGAGGAUGUGCCCUGGGAUGAUGUUUGGGGUGUCCAAUAUCAAGAUAGCUCUCGCCAGCCUUCUUUACCACUUUGACUGGAAGCUCCCCGGAGGUAAGAGCCCCGAGAAGCUUGAUAUGGCCGAGGCUUUUGGGAUCACCGCACGUCGAAAGACCGAGCUCUUGUUGGAAGCUACUCCUUUUGUGGCUUGAUUUGUUGAUAUAUCACGUGUCUGCCUUGUAAGGCCAUCUCCUAUGAGACCAUGCAUGUAAGCUUUUUAUGAUGUGUAAGAGAGGAUAGAAAAUAAAGUGGAGGUUUACUACUCAUGUC